GCAAAUACCGUUUGUCAUUAAAGAAAAGUGCGUCGUGCAGUGGUACAUGCAGGUGGUGUCACUUGCUUCUCUCCCGCUUUCCUGACCCAUCCGGGCGAUACCAAACGUAUCUCCUCACUGCCAUUACUGCGCCCUGCACCUGAUCUCCAGAACUACUGGACUAGCCGGCGCUUGUAGCUACCGGAUUCUGUCAUGGCUUGCGUGCUACAGCUUAAGCACUGUGCUUCUUUUCCGCUUUUGUUACCCAAACCGGUCGAUCCCGAGGGCACCGCGCCAACAGAAGAGGAUUCUGAGACCGCUCUCCUGGAUAUCAGAAGUGCGUUUCAUGUGGCUCACCCUCCGUUAACGGGUGGGCGUAUCUUCAAAAUCCGCAUGGUCUAGGAGCACUCUCCGCGGCUGCACCUCUGGCUUCUUUUCCGCUUUUCAGACCAAAGUCGGCUGGUCGGCAAUGCACCUCCAAUUGGUCGAAGUAAGCGACAUCUGCUAAGGCAAGCUUCAACUCAAUAUC